UCUCAGAUGUAAAUAUCGGUGCGGUUGCUGCGGUUGCUGUUGCUGUUGUGGCUGUUGUGCGCAGAACGCGUUGUAGCCGUUCGUGAUUUGAAAUUUAUGUGAAAUUGUUGCAAAAAUGUCACGAAUAAUCAUCAAAAACAUCCCGAAUGGGAUAACGGAGUCCAAACUGCGAGAUCAUUUCGGCCAGUGUGGAAUCGUGACGGAUAUUCAACUGAAGUACACGCCGGAGGGCAAAUUCCGGAACUUUGGGUUCAUCGGGUAUGAAACGGAAGAUCAAGCCUCGAAAGCGAUCAGUCACUUCAACAAUACGUUUUUGAGAACAUCCAAAAUCAGUGUAGCCCCGUGUGCUGCUUUGAACGAAGCGAAGGGUUUGAAAGUGUGGAGUAAGUAUAGCAAGAAUAAGCAGGACGCGGAGGAUGUACAGAAGCCACCAGGAGAUGCGAAGGUGAAGGCGGCCAAGAAAAAGGGAGAAACAGCUGAGGAUAUCUUGCAGAAGCACAAAAAUGAUCCACUCUUCAAGGAGUUCGUGCAGGUGCAGAAUAAGGCUGGCACGGCCGUUUGGGACAAUCAGUUACAACAGUCGUCCGGCAGUGAGGAUUCCGGCGCUAGCGAGGAUGAAUCUAAGUCCGCAGAAGAACAGUCUGAAGUCAAGAAAGAGUCGGGUGGUGAGAAAAAGAAGGAACUUAAAUUGACCAACCUUUUCGUGGCCAAAAUUCACAAUAUUCCGUCGAAGACCAAACGUCAAGAUUUGCUCAAGUUCUUCAAACCGGUAAAACCGUUCUCCAUUCGGAUACCACCGAAGCAGAAAGGAUUUGCUUACGUGGGAUAUAAAACCGAAGGCGAACUGAAGAAAGCUCUGCUCAAGGACAAAAGUUUCCUUGGUGGGAAGCAGGUCAAAGUGGUAGAUUUUACUGCCAAGGAUCGCCUUCGGUCCGAGGAGGAAAAAAGUCAACUCAGCAAAAAGGAGAACCCCAAAUGGAUCCGCCAGAAGGAAUCGGUUUGCAGCGAGAGUAUCGUCGAAACGGGGAAACUGUUCUUCCGGAAUUUGGCCUACUCGGUGAAGGAGGAGGACUUGAAGCAACUGUUCGAAAAGUAUGGCCCGGUGGCGGAGGUUGACCUGCCGAUCGAUACCAAUACGAGGAAAUUGAAGGGUUUCGGAACGGUCACAUUCCUUAUGCCUGAACAUGCUGUCCAGGCAUACAGUGAACUGAAUGGCACUUUCUUCCACGGGCGCAUGUUUCAUCUACUACCGGCCAAAGUGGACGAGAGCAAGCAAGAUCUGGACGAGGAUGAAUCCAACUUGAACUACAAACAGAAGAAGGAGUUAAAACUUAAGAAAACGGCUCAAUCUUCGCACAACUGGAACACACUGUUCAUGGGGGAAAACGCCAUUGCCGAGGUGGUCGCCAAAAAGUACGGCAAAACGAAGGAAGAAGUGUUGAGCACCGAAGGAGGAACCACCAGCGCUGCGGUGAGGUUGGCUCUCGGCGAAACUGAAAUCGUUUCUGAAAUGCGACAGUUUUUGGUGGACAACGGUAUCCAUUUGGACGCGUUCAAUGGUGUUCCCAAGGCCAGGUCCAACUCGAUCAUUAUUGCUAAAAAUUUGCCGGCCGGUACGGAGAUUGACGAACUGAAGCAGCGCUUCGAUAAGUUUGGUUUGCUGGGACGAGUGGUGCUUCCUCCGAGCGGCGUGUCGGCGGUUAUCGAGUUCUUGGACCCCAGUGAAGCCAAGAAGGCAUUCAAAAAGUUGGCAUAUUCUCGCAUCAAGUCACUUCCACUCUAUCUUGAGUGGGCUCCAGAUAACAUAUUUGCCAAACCAGGCAAAUCGGAAAAGAAGGAUACCGAAGCGGAAAGCAUAAAGGUCAAGAAGCCAAAAGCACCCCAAACUGAUGAACUGGAUGAUGCCGAACCAGCAGCCCCCGAACCAACGGAACCUGAAAAAGAUGAAUAUGCUGAUCUAUCGCCAGAGGAAGGGACCACCUUGUUCCUCAAAAACCUCAGCUUCCAAACCAACGAGGACAGUAUCCGUGAAACGUUCAGAAACAUGGGCCCAAUCCAUUCGAUGCAGGUAGUACGCCGAAAAGAUGGAGGCAAAAACGAAAGCCGUGGGUACGGCUUCAUUCAGUUCAAACUGCGUAAAUCGGCAGACGCAGCGUUGAAAAAUCUCCACUCAGUUCACCUUGAUGGAAGAAUAGUGGAACUUUCCCGAAGCGAUAGGACCCUUAAUACCGAGGUUGCUUCAAAUGCUAGGAAGACAAAUAAAAUGAAGAAGCAGACCGGCACGAAGAUCUUUGUGAGAAACGUUCCGUUCCAAGCGAACGCCAAGGAAAUUCGAGACUUGUUCAAGGUUUUCGGAGAGCUCAAAUCGGUACGCCUGCCGAGGAAGAUGGUAUCCAGUGCAGACGAAAGCCAUCGAGGAUUCUGUUUUGUGGACUUCGUUACCGAAAACGAUGCCAAACAGGCGUUUGAAGCGCUGUGCCAAAGUACCCAUUUGUACGGCCGAAGACUGGUGCUGGAGUGGGCGGAAGCUGAUGACGGUGUCGAGGAACUGCGUAAGCGGACGGCGGAGAAAUUCGCCGGAACCAGUGGAUCGAGUGAUGCCAAACGAAGUCGUAAGGGUGUUUUCGAUUCAUCGCAAAUUGGUGCGCAUGAUUCGGGUCGAGCGGAUGACAUGGAAGGCGGUGACGACGAUGAUGACGAAGAAGAAGGCGGUUUUUGAUUUUCAAUAAAGUUUGUUAACUUUUA